AUGAUUGAGGAAACUAAACAGAGCCCAUCUGCUCAAAGCCUCCAAGCCUUUAAUCAACACAUGGAGAAUGCGGAAAAAAUAUUGGACAGAAUAGAAGCUUACAGAUUUAAGCUAAAUAACCACAUUCAUGGCAUAAAGAAGAUGGUGGCAACCAAUCAACGAUUAAUUGCUCGGCUGCAGGUCAAUGAGCUAAGAAUGAAGUCGCUUCUGGACGAUAAAGCCAAAGAUAAGCAAGGGUGUCAAAAGCACCGGCCGACUGGGAGGAGGUAUCAUCUACGUAGGACCUGCAAGGUGACCAACAUCAAGGAGAUAUGUUGGACGCAAUGCAAGGCCCACAGCUUGCCACCGAAGGAAGAGAAUUCCCAGGACUUUGUGAUACCGCACAGGGAAACGAAUACAUUGCUUAGCUUACACAGCAAGGACUUGAUCCGGCAUAGAGGUGGUCAGGAGCGUAAAACGAAGAUAAAGCCAGUUCCCGAUCCUAAUAAAUACGAGGAGAUUGUAUUUAAAGUAAAAUGCAUUUUAAAGCUGUUUGAAAAGCUGGACCUGCCAAUAGCGUCAAUUCCAGGUGUGAAAACAUUUUGCAGGCGAGUGCUGGGUGCAAUGUCCGACCAUCAAAUGCCCUGUAGUGAGCAAAAAGAAGUUAUGUCCCAUCUCACUUUUAUCCCCGUAAAUCCCUAUUUAUCUUUUUUUGAAUAA